AUGUUCGUGGAUUUCUUUGUGGAAAAGUACGAGCACACCUUUGUUCCCUCUUCGUCCACGAUUCCACAUGAAGACCCAACCUUGCUGUUUGCGAAUGCAGGCAUGAAUCAGGUACUUUAAAAUUAAAAAACAUUUUCUGUUAGUUGACCUGAAUGAAAAAGUAAAUUCCUUGCUUCAGUUUGUAAAAGGGAUCGCUAAAGGAACGUUUCAACUUUAAUUUUACCACCAAGCUAAGCUUGUAUCGCAGCGGUAAGCAUAUCUGUUUGUAAGCUGAAUUAAAAUGACGAAUUAAUGAGCUUGCUUAAAAAGCACGUGAAGUAAUUAUAAGCUUUUAUUUUCAUGAUCUCUUUACAGGCCGAAUUUUCUGCUUUCGUUUUAGAAAAUCGAUUGAUGUACAGUACUGCCAGUUAAAGCUUUCCCGGUUUCACAAAUAAUUAACAUAAAUCGAUUAUUGGUUAACCCUUGUUAUUAUUCAUUCAAAAUAUUUCCCCAACUCUGAUUGGCUAAAAGCACACGCAUUAAUGAAUUCGGCUUUCGUAGGAUAGGAAGAAUUAAGCAGAUCUUGGAGGGUGUUAUCCACCACGGCCUUCGGCCUCAGUAGAUAACACCCUCCUUGAUCUGCUUAAUUCUUCAUGUCCUACUCUAGCCUGUGAUCAUACCCUCUCCCUUUGUCUCUAUAAUCUGUUUUCGGGAGUAGGGCAUGAUACAUUUCUUUUACAGAUCACAUGCAAAAAAGCCAGAAUCUGGACUUUUUUCUGAUUGGAUAGGAAACAAUAAGGAUGAUUUGCACUGUUCCGACUGGCCAAAACACCGCCAUCUGUUAGGUGUUGUUGAUUUCAGUCUGCAUUUUUGCUUGCCAGUUGAGCAGAGAAUACAUACACGAGUUCGUUAUGAAAUUUCUGCCGGCUCAGUUUUCUUGAAUUUGAAAAAAGUCUAAAUAGAAAUUUCAUCCACUGAAAUAUUUCCCAUUUCAUCGUAAACAAAAACUUGCAGUCAAAAAUUGACCGAUCAUUUGAAUGCAAUUUGAUACCGACUACAAGUCACAGAAGCGACAAACAGGUUCACUUUUCAAAUAAUUAAUUUAUGAAUGGUAUCUUGACCUGCUUUGACUGUAAUUCCUCCUUCAGAAACCCACGAAUUAUUCUGAGCGAUCUUCGCUUUUACAACACUUUUCAGCUCGUGAAAUAUGGUGCUUCAGCCUAAUUUUGUUUUUUUCUGCUUUCGGCAAAGAACGAGGUCAACGAGCUUUUACCAGUAAAUUCUCUAUUAUUUGUAGCUGUUAAAUAAAAGUACAGCAGCUCCAGCUAGCAGUAUUUCAUCACAAAAAAAAGCAUUUAAACUUUUUUUUAGGAAGUGCCAUCUGAAUGUACUUAAAAAUUUUCUUUUCUUCAAAAUUGAUUUCGAAACAGACAUUAUUCCUGCCAAAAUUUGAUUCCCGUCUGGUAAACGCUGAUUGGCUAAUAACAUGACAGGUCAAGCAGAUGUUAGAUUAUGUAAAUUAGGGGGUGGUUGAUGGCUUGUUAAAUUUGAUGGCUUGUUAAAUUUUCCCUCUCGAUCCAAAGAAGCAAAGAAGCAAAAGAAAUAUAUAAUAACGCCUGAUCUCAGGUUAAUCCUACUGAGCCUCAUUCAUUAAUUGCUAAUUAUUGGAUGUGCAUAAUGCAUCAGUCAAUUCCAGCUGCGCCCAGGCCCCCUGGGCUACUUUGGGGUAUUUACUUGCCUUGUCAGUCCCGGCAGUGGGGCAUUACACACUGUAGCAAAUUUUGCGUUGCCCAGGGGUCGAGCAUUACCAACCCCUCGGCCACCUCAGAGCUUUUGACAUGCAUGUGGUUUCCUAUCCGAAUACAGGGCUGUCAACCCCCCACAUCAUCAAAUAUUGAGAAUUGAUAGGGAAGUGAUGAUAGAUGACAUCAUAAUGCACGAAACAUGAUGUCAUUUGAAACACGCGAAAAAGAUGUUGUUGGAAUUGUAACAUUUGACCUGAUUGGUUUACUUCCCACCAAUCACAUUAUUGCUUUUAUUACAAUGGCAUACCGGAGUUUCUGAGGAAAAGAUUAAUGUUAAAAGUUUAUAAAUACUGUGAAACCUGUAUUAAGCGGACACCAUAUUAAGCGGACACCCUCUAUUUAGCGGACAGUAGCCGAAGUCCCCCAAUUUUUUUCCCUUAUGUACUUUAAAUUAAACCUCUAUUAAGUAGACACCUCUAUUAAGCGGACGCGCACACCUAAAAAGGACCUGAAAUGGUCAUUUCUAUUGUUGCCAACCCGCAUUAAACGUACACUUGUAAUUAACUUCCACCACCCAACACGCCAGACACCAGAAAUGCGAAAGAUUGCCCCGAAUUGCCACCCACAAAUUUUACGAUUUUUACAUUAAAAAACGUGACUUGACGAACUUAUUUGAUUUGUUUCACAGUACAGGAUUGUUUUCUAUUUCGUUUUGUUUGUAUAGCGCUUGUUUCACUCAUCUGAUUUCUUCAAAUUUGAGUUGCAAUCCAUGUUUAUGGUACUAUGAUCAAUUGGUUCACUUUGAUAAAGAAAUUAAUGCAAACAUCUAUCGUCAUAGUCUCUGGGAGUAUUAUAAACGUUUCCACUGUUCAUUUGAAUGGAAUUUGACACCUCAUAUGACGUUAUAUAUCAAAACCUGUGUUAGGCGGACACUACAGCAUUCCCCGAGGGUGUCUGCUUAAUACAGGUUUCACUGUAGCUCAAAUAACGAAAAAUAUUUGAAAUUUCAUUGUCAGAAAGUGGAAUCUACAAGAAAUUGCAAACUUCAGCAAUUAUCUGGGAGAUUUCAGACUCCAAACUGGAUACUGGAAGAAACGGUUCAAAAUCGGGAGUCUCCCGGAUUAUCCGGGAGAGUUGACAGCACUGCGAAUAUAACUACACAGCGGAUUUUACUGGAAAAACAAGCAGAUUGGCUCAUCUGUCAAGGACGGGAAAAAAUUGUAGAGUUUUGUAAAGGCAUGUCCUCAAUUUUAUGCAUGCAUUUCUUCAUUGCUUAUCAAGCCAGAAUUACACUGUGAAAUUGGGCGCUAUCGACGUAAAUCAAUGUUUUAUUUGUUAUUGAAUCAAGUUUCUGUUGAUAUUAUUUGAAGAACAUCCUUUCAUAUUUAUAACACUAUUCAGAACAGAUAACUUUACAGCACACUAUUAAUUUUAUUCUCAGUAAUUUUAUAACAAUACUUAAAAAAUAAACUCCUGUCUUGCAGUGUGAAGUCUUCAUUAGAAUGGCACUAUUACAAGGCAGACAGUUAUUGAAACAAAAUAUCACACAUUAAAACGCUUAAAAUGGCACUACUCGACUGUGCGAUCAAUGAAAAAUGUUGCUGUGCUGAUGGAGGACAGGGCAUUUGCCCUCUUUUUUCAUCCCCACCCUGGGGGAUUUGACAGCUCAAGAUUCCCCGCCCCCAGGAACUUGCUGUCCAAGGCAAAAAAAGUGCUAAUGCCCAGGGGUCAGCUUGGGUUGGGGACUCGCGUUGGGGGAGGGGGGGAGUUGGGCUCAGCUGGAAUUGACUGAUGCUAAAGGCUGGUUUUCACUAGUGAUGGAGUCAGAGUCGGAGUCAUAAGCGGAAUCGUAAGAGUGCUUAUGACCUAGUGAAAAUCAAAAAUCGAAGUCGUAAGCAGAGUCAUAAGCAUGAUAGAAUAAUUAUUGCAGUCAGAAGAAUCAGAACGUUUCCAUUUCUUCCAACUCCGCUUACAACUCUGUCGCUUACUUUCCGCUUAUGAUCUAGUGAAAACCAGAUUGUCAGAGUCGGAAGCAGAAGUGGAAGGAUAAACCAAUCAUGUGAUUGGUUUAGUUCUUCUGCUUCUGCCUCCGACUCCGACAAUCUGGUUUUCACUAGAUCAUAAGCAGAACGUAAGCGAUAGAGUCGUAAGCGGAAUCAAAAUGCUGUUUUCACUAGAUCAUAAACUCUAUGCUUCUGAUUACAACUCUGACUCUGACUCUGUCACUAGUGAAAACCAGCCUUAAAGAUUCAACUUCUGUCCAUGUUGUAAGGUGGCCAAUGAUAGUGAUAUGACCAUAGGGUUAGAGUGGACUGUAUCUAUUUCAACUUCCUAGGGUAUUAUGCACAGUCAAGUUCAUCAUAAAAGAGGAAAGGGUCAGUUUGAAAGGUCAAACAUUUAAUGGAUUGCCUUUGAUAGUUUAUUUACAAGCUUUUCUGGACACAGGCCUGCCCAGAGGGAAUGUGCAUGAACAGGACUCAGGUCCCAUGCGAGGUGCCAUCCCUACCCAAUCCCACAAGCCGUAAAGGUUGGCCACACCACCGGGGUCUAUGACCCCUACUCUUUUCGAGUAGUGAUGUGGGUUCUUUUACAUCCCACAAGAACAAAUCAGUGAAAGUGCUGUGAGACGGGACCUACGGUUUUUUGUCCUUAUCCAAGAAGACUAGAAAAUCUAACCAUUUGCAGAUGUCAUUGCUAAGGCAGCACUUUCUUCUCAGUUAUUUAAAGACCCUGAGUAUUGGUCCGGCUGGGGUUUGAACCCGCCGCCUCCCACUCAGCAGACCGGCGCUCUCCCAAACUAACCAGGUGGCAGUUAGACUUAAAUAGGAGCAGUAACCAGUAACAGCCCCUUAACACUUGUCUCAGGUUACUGAAAAUGUUCUAACUAUGGUUCAACCUGUUGAUAAUAUAUUGUUUCAUUAUAUAUUCUAUUUCAUACCAGUACAAGUCAAUUUUUCUUGGAACAGUGGACCCAAAUAGUGACUUCUCCAAACUCAAGCGUGCUGCAAACAGCCAAAAAUGCAUCCGUGCAGGUGGAAAGCACAAUGAUUUAGAUGACGUGGGAAAGGAUGUUUACCAUCAUACCUUUUUUGAAAUGUUGGGAAAUUGGUCAUUUGGAGAUUACUUCAAGGUGAGAAGUUAGCUUUUCCCUGGUGUCAAAGAUUAGACACCAUAUAUAUAAGUGACAACUCAUAACCUCUCUCUUCUGAUCAUGCAUCCACCGCAAGGGGGGUACUCCAGAUUUCAAGUGACGGGGGUGAUCGAAUAGGUGCAAAAAUCAUAACCUGAAGAAAUCCCUGGACCAAAUAUAAACCCCCAAAAAAUCCCAUGCUAAAUUCCGAACAGCCACAGGAGAAGUUUGGUUGUACUUUAUUCGCAGAACUACGAGGCCAGGAUAGCUGGGCAGUAUCAUGAAUGUUCAGAUUGUUUUAAAUACCCAAAAAAAUCCCUACUUAGAUCAACCCACCCCAAAAAAUUACUUGCCAAAUUUUCCUACCCAAAAAAAUCCUUUGAUCAUCCGUCACUUGAAAUCCAGAGUACCUCCCUUGGGUAUCCACCCCAUCAGGAAAAAUAGUGAAAGCAGCUCCCCCCCUUAAAUAAUCUUGAAACCCCUCCUCUUCCCCUCACUUUUUUUGGCAGAUAAAAGAAAUCUCAAAAUAAACUUCUGACUUGUCUAAUUUUUAUAUAUAUUUUUGACUCUUGGCUUCACCAUAGGCAUCAGUAAAGGAAAUGAAUAUAUAAAUUGACUUUGUUGGAGUAACAUAAUAAAAAAUAAUAAUGUAUGUAGAUUAGUAGUAGUUAGCAUUAUUAUGACAGACAUGGACAAAGAUUCUUAGAAUCCUGACCAGCAAGAAGCAAAGCAGUUGUCUAUGUACAAGCAUAGCUCUGGAGUUCAGUUUUAAGGGUGACCACAAACAACCCGUGGUACACUGUAGCUCGUGGCCAAAGUGGAAUUUGAAGCCACAGCACCAAUUCAGCCAUUCUUCGAUCAGUAUCAAGGAACAGCUGUCUUACAUGUAUCUGUUUAUUCUGACCUCCCAUUGUAUCUAUCCUGAUGACUGCUUGUGUUUUUUUCCAUAUAGCCAAUGCAUAAGUUAUUUAACCUUUUAUGAAUUUAGAAAGAAGCCAUUGAAUGGGCUUGGGAGUUGUUAACUGUGAAGUACGGCAUGCCAAAAGAUCGUCUUUAUGUUACAUACUUUGGAGGAGCAGAGGGCCUUGAAUCUGACGAAGAGACGCGACAAUUUUGGCUCAAUAUGGGGUAUGUAGUAUACAUGUUGCUCUUAUCACCAGCAAUAAUAAUAUUCUAAAACACUUCUCUCCAACCCUGGCAACAAAAAUACUUUUCAUAGGUGGAUCUGCAGGGUGCAAACAAAGUUGUGUCCGAUAGCCCUGGGCUAGUGGAUUUUGCUAUCGGGCUGGUGAAUUCUGUUUUUAACUUGUCCGACAGGCAAUUGAUCUUUUUUGAGGAAUUGGAGUAACAGAAGAACUGUGAGAUCAAUUCUGCUCUUCAAAAAGCUUUUGGGGCUAGUUGAAAUGACGUCUGGGCUAGUAAAUGUUAGCUUCAGCUUGCCCGAAUGGCAAGCUGUAAAAAUGAUUUUCUUUGCACCCUGAUCUGGAAUUUAUCUGUAGCGGCAAACACAAGACUAAAUUUUUAUGUUUACUAGUUCCACUUGUAACAGCUUCUUAUUAAAUAAAUGUACAAAUAGUUAACUAGUACAUCUGUGAAGUAAAGAACUUUAUGAACGUCUUUCUCUUUAUUAUCUUAACAGCAAAUUUUAAAAGAGCCUUUCAUUGCAUGUUAAAUAAAUGCUUUUCAAAUUUAUUUGUCAAACUAUUAAAAUACUUUUGUCCUCUUGUUAAAGUCUUCCCCCAGAAAGAGUGUUGCCAUUUGGAAUGAAAGACAAUUUUUGGGAAAUGGGUGAAACUGGCCCAUGUGGACCUUGUAGCGAGAUUCACUUUGACAGGAUUGGUGGACGAGAUGCUGCCUCACUUGUAAACAUGGACGACCCUACUGUUCUUGAAGUGUGGAAUCUUGUGUUUAUUCAGUUCAACAGGUAUCAAUCACUUAAUCAAUCAUUAUUCCAUUUUCUGUUUUCUGUCAUCAGUGAUUUUUGUAUUGAGAAGCUGAAAUCUAGAUAUUUGCGACUUAAGAUUUCAUUAUAAAAGUAUUUUUCCGGUGGGAGACUGAAAAGGAAAUAGAACUGUACACAUACGAGUAAAACAAAAAAAGAAUAGUUGUAAAAAGAGUUUAAUUGUCAUGGUCUCACCAUAGAAUUUCAUUUACACAUGACAUGAAGUUAAAGUUAGCGUGAAGUCAACAAGAAGUCAGAAGGAGGUAGAAACAAAUUAUUUGCGUAGCCAAUCAUAUCUCUACAUUUGCUUUAUCCUCUCUACACAUGAGUUAUAGAUGUAAAGCUCCUGCAAACAGAGUCAACAUUGUUAGAUGUGUCUGUUUGCGUUCCCUGUUGCAUGUUGUUGCAUGUUGUGGGGAGUUGUUGCGCACAGUUUGAAACUGGUCAAACUUUUGAGCCAACUACUUGCAAUAUUUCUUCUGCUCCAUGAUUGUAGAAGAAUGGUGCAACAAUGUUGAAUUGGUGUGCACAGCUCUUCCAACUUUGUUGGCAAUUUUUGGGUUAACUAACCCUUCGGGGUUGGUGGGCAUAAAUUUUACUAACCAAAUUAUAAAGUUCAUUAUCCAAGAAUCUGUGAUUAAAUAGUGCUAAUAAAUGUGGCAAAUGUGUAGAUGGAAUGGUUAAAAUUACAUAAAUUCUUUGAGAAACCCAAUCUUAUGCAGGAAAGAAACACAUGUAAGAAGUUCUUACAUGUGUUUCUUUUCGUCUACUAAAAAUUUCUGUCUUAGAAAUUUUUACUAACCGUUUCAGGUUACUAAGGUUCAUUUUUAGUAACUAAACGUUGCAAAAUACUAACCAUUGGUUAAUGGGUUACCAUUAAUUUCCAGCCCUGGGUUUACAAAGUCUUAUUGGUGUAUCCGUCCUACAAUGCACUACAAGUCCCAACAUUGUUGGGCCAACAAAUGUUGGGAGUUGUUGCAUCCGUUUUCACUUAGCUUAAUGCAUUUUAAAAAUUAGGGAAACAGAUGGCAGUCUAAAAUCUUUGCCCAGCAAGCACGUGGACACUGGGAUGGGGCUUGAGCGGCUAACAUCAAUUACUCAAGGAAAGAUGUCAAACUAUGACACAGAUCUCUUUCAACCAUUCUUUGAAGCAAUUCACAAG